GAGAGUGAGGGCUUUCGCUUUUAUAGAAGAACGAAAGAGGAAAAAAAAAAAAAAAAAAAAGCUUCAAAAAGCUCCGCCAUUUCUGCUGUUGGAGCUUCUGAUUUAGCUUUCUCAUCACUCAUCAUGUGGGCUCUUCGUCGUGCUUCUGUUCCUCUCAGGAACCGAGGAUUUAGCAUCCGGGCUUCUAGUACUGGUUUUACUGAUUCAGAGCCGCCAAUUACUUGCACACAAGACAGGGCUAAUAGUUUUGACUCUUCUGAAUUGACACCAAAUGUAUGUAAGUGUUUCAAUGGAUUUUGCCGCAGAAAACAUGUUUCUGCAAACCUAUUUCUGGUGCGACGCAGUCUGUCUUCACAAGCCGGUGCGAAGAGCAGCGACAGGGAAGAUGAAUUGGAGAAUGAGUUUUCUGAACUUGAAGGCACAGAUCGUUCUAAGGCAGUUAAAGACACUAAUUUACUGGACGAAAAUGCAGACGAGCUGAUUUCUGAACGAGAUUUUUCCGAGGUUGAUGAUGAUGAUGCUGAAGUGUCUAAAAAUGAUCUGGGGCUAUCAGAUACUGAGACUGAUUUAAGUGAGAGACUGCAUACUGAGAAGACGGCAGAUUCAGCAUUGUUCAGAGCAAUUGCAGAUGCUCCAGGUUAUUCUGUUCGUGACGCUCUCAACAAGUGGGUUGAAGAAGGAAAUGAGGUGGACCGAGGAGAGGUCUACUUGGCCAUGCUCAGUCUUCGUAAGGCACGGAUGUACGCAAGGGCAUUGCAGUUCUCAGAAUGGUUGGAGGCAGGUAAGAAAAUUGAAUUUGUCGAAAGAGAUUAUGCUUCUCGUGUUGACUUGAUUGCUAAGGUAUAUGGCCUUGAGAAGGCAGAGAAGCACAUUGAUAGGAUUCCAAAUUCCUUUAGAGGGGAAAUAGUGUACCGAACCCUUUUGGCCAACUGUGUCCAAGCCUACAAUUUGAAGAAAUCUGAGGAAGUGUUCAACAAGAUUAAAGAUCUCGAGUUUCCAAUCACUGAGUUUGCUUGCAACCAGUUGAUCCUUCUCUACAAAAGGACUGACAAGAGAAAAAUAGCAGAUGUACUAUUGAUGAUGGAGAAAGAAAGCGUGAAGCCCUCUCGUUUCACUUAUAAACUUUUGAUAGAUACCAAAGGCCAACAAAAUGACAUAACAGGAAUGGAACAUAUUUUGGAGACAAUGAAGUCUGAAGGUAUUGUGCCAGACAUGCAGACUAAAUUCAUCACAGCGAGACACUAUGCCUCUGCUGGGCUUACAGAGAAGGCUGUAGCUGUUCUGAAAGAGUUGGAAGGCGACAACUUAAAUGAGAAUCGCCUGGCUUGCAGAAUUCUACUCCAAAUUUAUGGAGACCUUGGACAGGCUGAUGAAGUGAGGAGAGUUUGGAAGGUCUGUGAGUCAAAUCCCCGGGCUGGGGAGUGCAUUACGGCGAUUGCAGCUUUAGGAAAGUUGAAGAAAAUUGAAGAGGCGGAGGCUGUUUUUGAUACGAUGAUGAAAGUAGUUAAGAAACCUUAUUCGGUGCAUUACAGUGCGCUUUUAAAGGUGUACGCAGAUCAUAAGAUGCUGACAAAGGGUAAGGAUCUUGUUAGGCAUAUGGCGAACAGUGGCUGCAAGCUUGGCCCUUCUAUAUGGGACGCACUCGUGAAGCUUUAUCUGGAUGCCGGAGAGAUAGAAAAGGCAGACGCUGUCUUGCAGAAGGUUGGUGACUCUCACCAGAAGCACUUUAGGCCAAUGCAUAGGUCUUAUGCAGCUAUCAUGGAUCACUAUGCAACAAAAGGUGACAUUCACAACACAGAAAAGAUUUUCCAUAGGAUGAAGCAGCAUGGUUAUUCACCUAGAGCUCAUCAGUUCCAAACUCUUCUUAAAGCCUAUAUUAGUGCUAAGUCGCCAGCUUAUGGGAUCAGAGAGAGAAUGAAGGCGGAGAAUAUCUUCCCAAACAGAGCGUUGGUGGAACAAUUGACACAUAUUGAUCCGUUCAGGAAGACUGCAGUUUCCGAGUUGCUUGAUUAAAGAGACGGUUCCUCCCUCUUGGCAUGACCUAGUCCCAUUUUGUGGAACAAUUACUAUCUCUAUUUGUAGGUGAAAUGUACGGGCAUCUAUCAACAUUUGCUUUUUCUGUACUGCAAUGUUGAUUGUUUCAAAAAUGUUGCCCAUCUUAAGCUUGAGGGUUCGACUAUAGUAUGGCCGUGCUUAUUCAAUAUGUUCUUUUUUUUUCCCCUUUUUUUUUUGAAGGGUUACUCUAUAUGUUCUCUUGGGUUCUAUUUGUUGUUUUUACACUAAAGCAAUGUGAGAUUUUUUUUUUUUUUUGGGUCCAGUCUCAGAUGUUAGAAUUGUGGAGAGGUUACUGAUCUAGAUAUAUAAGCUAGUUAU